CUCAGCAGAGUUUGUAAAUAUAUCUAGGGAGAAGCCAUUUUUCUAUGAAGCAGUUUAUUAAAAAAAAAGAUUGAGUGGAUAAUGAAUAAGCCUCAGGAUGACAUCACAGUUUUCCCUUGUGUGAAAGAUCUAGUGAAGGUUUUGUACGGAGGAAAAAGGUUUGGCAAUCGUGUGGAUGAAGUUUGGCCCAACUUGUUCAUUGGAGACAUGUCAGUGGCCAACGAUCGCUACAGCCUGUGGAAGCUGGGAAUCACUCACGUUGUGAACGCAGCUCACGGGAGGAUGCACUGCCAGGGGAGCCAUGACUUCUACGGAUCCUCUGUGGAUUAUUAUGGAGUGGCUGCGGAUGACUCACCGUCCUUUGACCUCUCUCGCUAUUUCUCUCCCUCUGCUGAUUAUAUUCAGGAUGCGCUCAACACGACCGGCGCUCGGGUUUUUGUCCACUGUGCGGUUGGAGUCAGCAGGUCUGCCUCCCUGGUCCUGGCCUACCUAAUGAUCUACCACCAUUACACCCUGCUAGAGGCCAUCCAUAAGGUCAAAGAGCGCAGGUGGAUCUUCCCCAACACAGGAUUCCUCAAACAGCUCCGUGCUUUGGAUGUUGAACUACGCAACACAUCCGGAGUAGACGGGGGGGAACGGCUUCAAUACAACAAACAUUUGGACCAGGAUUCUAUCCAACGGGGGGGAUUUGCACUCGAAAUGUCAGCAGAGAAAGGCAAGAGAACGGAAUAUCUAACUGUGAAGGAUUUGCAGAAGCUGCUGGACUCGUGCAAACUACGGCUCGGUCAAAUCGACGAGGUCUGGCCCAACAUUUACAUCGGAAACGUGGCAGUAGCCCAAAACAAGACUGCCUUGCAGAAGUUAGGUAUAACUCAUGUGUUAAACGCUGCUCACUCCAAGCGAGGCAGCAUAGGGACCCACAGCUUUUAUGGCAACGACUUUGUGUAUUGUGGCAUUCCAGCAGAUGACUCGACACACUUCGACCUGGAUGUUUACUUCCAGCCCGCAGCCGAUUUCAUUCAAAAGGCUCUGAAGUCACCUGAUGGGAAAGUUCUGGUGCACUGCAUCAUGGGAAUGAGCCGCUCCUCCACGCUGGUGUUAGCGUACCUCAUGAUCCAUCGCCAGCUCCCGCUCAAACGGGCUUUGCAGAAACUGAUCCGGAAGAGAGCCAUCUACCCCAACAGGAACUUCCUGGCUCUGCUGUUGGAUCUGGAUCUUCAGCUCACGAGAAAAGAGAAGUCGUGUCAGAUCCUGUGAUCGGGAGGAGACGUUUACACGAGUCGGCCACACGGCGGCGUGGUGUCUGUCUGUCAGUCAAGAAUGAAAUUAUCUCAAAAGCCAAUUGACUGAUCAACAAAUAAGUGAAUUUCUCUCAGACUCAUUCGUGCCUUGAGAUUAAUUCAACACGUCAAGAUGUUAUGAUGCUAUGACGUUAGCAUGUUAGCCUGUUAAACAUAAUGGGGCCGAACGGGAAUGCUGAUUACAUUAACUUCAUAACAUUUCAUCCACUCGUCGCUCAGUUUUUUUUAUUAGCAUGUCAAAUGUUCACAUGUUAACAUACUAAAGUGUUAAAUGUUCAGGACACACAUGUUUGCACGUGUUGCUGCUUCAACUUGCUAGUAGGCACAUUAACACGCUAACAUUCUGAGCAAGGCUUGCUAACAUUCACAGAUUAACCUGCCAAUAUUAGCAUAUUGACAUGGCAUUGCAAAUGCUAGAUGCUAGCAGUAUUUAAAACAGUAGGCUGGUUGCUGGCAUGUAUGGAAGUGUGACACUAAUACGUGCAUUAAAGAAGUUGCACCAAAUCUGACGUGCUGAGCCUCACGAGCAGUUUCUGAGAUGAUACUUAAAAACCCUAGAUGGUUUAUAAAGAUGGACGACAUGACAGCUCUCCAAAACUGACCCAAAAGUUCUUGAUCGCCCCCAGGUGGCUGUCUGCAGUAUAGGUUAGAAACCCCGCCUCCUCCGUGUAGGUGGACGAGACAGGGGCCAAACAAAAAAAAUGCAAAGUACAUGUCAAAUUAUAUUUUCAAAAAUGUUGACAUCUGGCUCUAGAUCAUGUCAAAAGCACAAGAUGCUGGAACCUGUAUCCUGAAUAUUGAGGCUUCAUUUUUCACCCUCAGGGUUGUCUCUCCAUUAAAUAUCAAUUCCCAUGUCAAGUUUGUCAUGACCUGCAUUACCUCCUCGUGGACACGCUAACGUGCCUAUAGACCUUUUCUUUCUUUCUUUUUUGUAGUGAUUAUUAGAGGCAGUAAAGUUGAAAACAACAACGUCUUAACUAAAGACAGUGAAAACAGAGAAAGGAGUUCUAGAGAUAUUGAGAUUUUAUGUCUUGAAUUGUGUGUCAUUCUUGUAAAAAAUGCUUUUUCUCCUGCACCUCAGUUUGUAUCACAACAGAAUGGACCAAAUGUCUCAUGGAAAAUGUUCUAGAAAGGAUCACAUUUUAGUAAACUCUGUUGAUGACUCAGACAAGAUUUGAAAGAAAGAGUUCAGGUUUUCAAUAGUUUAGGAAAUGAUGUGUUGAAACAUGAGGAAUGUCCGACACAACAAACGUACAUUCAUUAAUCUACUGUAUAUGAUUUCCCUCAACCUCACAAUAUCCAACACAAGGUAUUGCACACACACACGCACACACACGUUGGUAUUUUUCAUUGUUCAAUAGCUUUUAUAUGACCAGCUCUAUAAAAAUAACUCUCUGAAAAAACUAAAAGACAUGAAUCAUUUGUGUUGUCAUGUGUUGUGGUUUUAAUAUGUGGGUUUAUUCUGUGGAUAUUUCAUUUGGGAUAGAAGAAAUAAAUUCAUGAAGUUUAUGUGAUAAAAAGAAAUGUUCACGUUUCUAAACU